AAUAAUACCAUAUUCUGUUACAGUUCUCUGUGCUUUCCGCCACAAAUUUAAAGAUGCCGCUUACCUUAUAUAUGGUUGAUGGCAGUCCGCCAUGUCGGGCUGUACAAUUGCUUGCUAAGGAGCUAUCUGUCACAUUUACUCCGAAGAAUGUGAAUAUUCCAGCUAAAGAACAAUACGCUCCAGAAUUCUUAAAGAUAAAUCCACAACACACAGUACCAGUUUUAGAUGACAAUGGCUUUAUUUUAAUCGACAGUCAUGCUAUUAUGACUUAUUUAGUAUCGAAAUAUGGAAAAAAUGAUUCUUUGUAUCCAAAAGAUUUACAAAAGAGAGCCAUCGUUGAUCAGAGACUUCACUUUGAUUCCAAUAUCCUCUUUGCAAGAGGUGCUCGUAUUGUGAAAAGAGUUUUCUAUGAACAAAAACGAGAUGUUCUACCAGAAGAUCUGGCAGCCUUGGUAGAAGCGUAUGAAAUAGUUGAAAAAUUUUUGGAUUCAAAUAAAUACGUAGCCGGUGAUGAAUUGACAGUAGCAGAUUUUAGCUUCUGGACUUCACUUACAACCUGGAAUGGAAUUGGAUGCUAUACCGAAGAAAAGUAUCCAAGAAUAGCCGCUUGGUUGAAACGGAUGUCUGAAUUACCUUAUUCAAAAUUAAACAAAGAAGCAGUGGAUGGUUUCAAGGGAUAUUGGCUCCAACUUAUAGGACAAAAACAAUAAAUAAUAAUAAAAAAGUGAAAUUCACUUUUUAAUUUCAUUAUUAUACUUUAUUCAUUAUUACAUUUGUACAAAAAAUGUAUUUUUCGUAUACUAAUUUAAUGACAUUAAAAGUUUAACGUAAAAUUAUUUUAAAACAAAAUACAUCUGGAUUACAAUUUUGUUGUUUCGAUGAAAUAAAUCGUUAUCAGUAAAUAAGUUAUUUGUGCAAUUUCC